AUGGGUAGACGACACGUUCUUGCUGCGGCCGACGAGACCAUCUCGCCACCCGACUCUCUUACACCGACACAGUCGCUCGCGCGCGUCAUCAAGCCAGAAGGCAACAACCUCUUCACCUGUGAGCUGCCCAACAAGAAGACCCUCUUGCUUGAGCUGGCCGACCGCUUCCGUAACACUAUCUGGAUUAAGCGCGGGGGCUUUGUGCUUGCACAGCGAUACGAGGCCGACGGCACCGAAAUGCGAGCAGCGGGCGAGAUCAUCAAUGUCGUUCGCGGCGAGAAGGAGUGGCGUAAGAUGCCGUACUGGCCAAAAGAGUUUGGCAAGGCAGCCUACGAUGUGAGCGACAGCGAAGAGGAAUCCACUGUGGGCAAGAUGCCUCCGAGCGACUCAGAAGACGAAUAA